CAUCUUCAAUAUACGCCUUCUAUUCCCUUGACAACAUCAAACUUUAAACCCCUGAAGAUCAAGAAAGGAGAAAGAGAAGGAGCGAGAACAACAAAAAACAGAAGCAAUGUCUUAUUCUUCCCUCAAAUUGCCAAUCUUUCUCAUUCUCUCAUCUCUUCUCCAUGCUGCUUUAGGAGAAGACAUCAUAUGCGAGAAUCUGCCCACAAAUAUGUGCGCGUUCUCGAUAUCGGCUUCCGGGAAAAGAUGUUUAUUGGAGACAGCUAACGUCGCCGGAGAAUACACUUGUCGGACUUCCGCGGUGGAGGUUGAAGGAAUCGUAAACCACGUGGAGAGCGAUGAGUGUGUAGCCGCUUGUGGUGUUGAUCGGAAAACCGUAGGGAUCUCCUCGGACGCAAUGAUGGAGGCAGGGUUCGCCGCUAAGAUUUGCUCUCCGGCUUGUUUGGAUUAUUGCCCUAACAUCCUUGAUCUUUAUUUCAAUCUUGCCGCCGGUGAAGGUGCAUUUUUACCUGAUCUGUGUGAUGCUCAACGGACAAAUCCCCACCGUUCGAUGUUGGAAAUGCUCAGUUCCGGCGGCGCAGCUCCUGGACCAGUGUCCGAGACUGCUCCAGGCCCUGUCUCCGACUCCUCAGCCCCUGCUCUAGCUCCGGCUGCUAUGUAAAAUUAAUAUUAUUUAUUUCACGUGUGUCAUGUUUAUGUUUAUGUUUAAUAUUUCGAUUGAUGAUCCAUAAUGAAUCAUAUCUCUUUAUAUGAUUGGUGCUAGCUCAUCAAUUGAUACAUUUGAGAGAAGAGGAUUCAGAGUGAGUUUGCUUUUUGGUUCUGUUUCGUAAUAUUGUCCAUGUAAUAACACUUUUUGUUAUACCAUUGUUUUGUUUUCUUGUUCGAUAUGUAUAC